UCCUUCUUCCCAAAGCCACCCUUCACAAAAUCUACUAUUCUCUCUCUCUCUCUCUCUCUCUCUCUCUCUCUCUCUCUCCUCUCCUCUCUCUCUCUCUCUCUGAAAUACCCCAAUCUCUUUCUGCAAUUUCCUCACUCAUAGAUUCUCUUCCUUCUUUUCUCAUGCUCAGCCCUCGUUCUCCGUCGCGCUAGCCGCAUCUCGUUUCUUCGCCGGUGAAACCCCGCCGAAGAUCACCGCGGCGGUUCCGCGGGAUUUUCUAGGGUUUUCUGACUGUUCCGUUUCCCCUACUCACGACGCCGUUUCUCAAUUUUAGUCAUUCUGUAGCAUCGACGAGCCGUCAUGGCUCCUGCUCGUCGACGCGGAGCGAACAAGGCCAAAGCGAAUGGGCACUUGAGUCUCGGCGAUCUUGUGCUCGCUAAGGUCAAGGGCUUCCCAGCUUGGCCUGCCAAGAUAAGCAGGCCAGAAGAUUGGGAUAAACCCCCUGAUCCGAAGAAACAUUUUGUUCAAUUCUUUGGUACGAAAGAAAUAGCUUUUGUUGCCCCUGUGGAUAUUCAGGCAUUUACCAGUGAGGCUAAAAAUAAGUUGUCUGCUCGGAUUCAAGGCAAGACAAAGUACUUUACCCAAGCUGUGAAAGAAAUCUGUGCAGCAUUUGAUGAGAUACAGAAACAGAAGGCUAGUGGUUUGACUGAUGACACUGAUGAUUCUCGUAUGGGUUCAGAGGCUCCUUCUGUUGAUGGGGUAGUGGGUAACCUGAAGGAUGUCAAUGAUGCUGCGGUAUCUAAUGCCGAAAAAGAUAGCAUCUACAUGGGUAAUGUUGACUCUAAUAUGGAGCACUGUGUGCAGAAAAAUGAAGAGAGUGAUAGCCAAGAUGAAAAACACUCCGUAUCUGGCCAUCCAAAUGAAAGUUCUUCUGUUUCGUCUCCUGUGUGCAAAAGUAAAUUAUCCAUUGGUUCAGAGCUAAAGAAUAAUGCUACCAAAUCUAGUCUUAAAGGUGCAAGUAACGUUAAUGAUUUUGGGCAAGGUGAUAAUGGACAUAGUGUUUCGACAAAUGGGAGCAAGACAAGAAAGCUUGUUACUGGUUCAAAGAGGAGAAGUGAAGCUGCAGAUGCUAGAAAUAGAAAUGGUGGAUCAUCUGCAGGAACAUUUUUGAAGGAGGGAAACUCUACUGGUGGUGCUGAUCUGUCGAGGUCUGGAGAGACAUUGAAAGGUAGAAUAAAAGGGAAAAAUGCAUUUGCUAUUAAGUCAGAUUCCCCGGAUACUCUUAAAUCAGACUUUAAUGGUAAUACUGGAGAAAAAGAUAAGAACUUGCUAAAAGUUAAAACAAGUCUUGAGGUAAAAAAUGAGUUGCAGGAGAUCUUGUUUGAUUCUGAGGAGGCUGAUGGUAAAAAUUCCAGUAAGCGAAAGAAGACCCAACUUCAUUCAAAGCAUAAUGUGGGAGCAAAUGAAUCAUUACAUGCUUCCAAGAAGUUGAAGCGUGCAGACGCCAAAGAUGACUUACCUUUAGGUUAUCACUCAAAAGAUGUGAAAAGUGCUUUAUCUUGCUCUACCGUUGUGGAAGACAAAGCAUUUAAAAAAUCAGAGUUGAAAAGGUCCGCUUCAAAUUUGAAAACAGAAAAAAGCUUGCCAUCAAAGGGUCAAAUUGGUGUUGUAGGUUCUGAUGAUUCUGUCCUUGAGUUGCUACCAGGGACCAAACAUCAUAGCCUAGCUCAGCAAGCUACACUUGAUUCUGCUAGUGUUGCUUCUGAUGAGAAAAAAGAAAGAAGUUCUCUUAGACUGAAGGUUGAUGCUGAUAAUGUUAUGAUGAAACAAGUACAGAGGAAACGCAGAGCUGUUUGCCUUUUUGAUGAUGAUGAUGAUGAUAAACCUAAAACUCCUGUUCAUGGAGGAGCUGCAAAAAGUAUGAAGUCACCUUUUGUGUCAGAAGUCAAGAAGAUAAAAAUUGCAGAGUCAGAGAAGUCUGAUGUUGCUCAGCUGGCUCACAGAAAUUCUGGUGAACUUGAUGAUAUCCAUUUGAAAGAACCAUCUUCUCAAUUACGUAAUAACACUUCAUCAAUUAGGCAGUCUCUAAAAGAUAAAGCUGAUGAAGUAAUUCCUGUACAUGUUCCUAAUAGUCCUGAUAAAUUAGAUGCGAAGCAGCUGCCCUCCAAGGUGGUAAAAUUAAGCUCUGCCUCUCCAGUAAAAUCACCUCACUCAGCAACAAAGUCAGAAGCUGAACGGAAUAAAUCUUCCAAACCUUUGCUUAAAGUUUCCAGUAAUGCUACUCAAAAGAAGGCUGAUCACGUUUCUUCAAAGUCUUCCCAUAAUCUCAUCUCCUCUCAGAAUCAAGUUGCAACUCAUAAAAAGAAGCCUGCAUCUUCAGCAGAAAUUUCUAAAACUAUUCCAAAGACAUUGGUGCAGACAGUUGAAGUUCAUGCCUCAGCAGUUGGUUUUAAGGAGUCUGAAACUCUACAUGUUGAUAGAUUGGAGGUGGGCAUGGAAGAAAAAAGUAGUAUAUAUACUGGUUCUGGGACUCCUGAAUCUGCUAAAACUAUGAAGCAUCUUAUUGCAGUUGCCCAGGCAAAAAGGAGACAAGCUCAAUCUCAUUGUCUUUCUUUUGGCAUUCACAAUGUUCAGGGGGGGACCCCUAGCCCCUCCUCCAUUCAGCCAUUUCUGUCUGUCUCUAGCAAUUUUGUUCAGGUGGAUGUGGAGGGUGUUUAUGAGCACACAACAUUGGCUUCUCCAACAACUAAUGAACAUCACUCUGCAUCUCGAAGUCAACUUGAUGCUGAUGAAAUUGAGGAAAGAAGAGUUAGUUCAGUGCAAAGGGGUCUAGGAGGCUCGCUGAGUGGUGGUACUGAGGCUGCUGUUGCUCGUGAUGCUUUUGAAGGGAUGAUUGAAACUUUGUCAAGGACCAAGGAAAGUAUUGGGCGUGCAACUCGUCUUGCCAUUGAUUGUGCUAAGUAUGGCAUUGCCAACGAGGUGGUUGAACUUCUCAUCCGAAAGCUGGAAAAUGAAACUAGUUUUCAUCGCAAAGUGGAUUUAUUUUUUCUUGUUGAUUCUAUCACCCAGUGCUCGCAUAAUCAAAAAGGCAUUGCAGGAGCCUCCUACAUACCUAUAGUUCAAGCAGCAUUGCCACGUCUUCUGGGUGCUGCUGCUCCCCCUGGACCUAGUGCCCGUGAAAAUCGCCGUCAGUGUCUAAAGGUUUUAAGGCUGUGGCUUGAAAGGAAAAUUUUACCUGAAUCAAUUCUUCGCCGUUACAUGGAUGAUAUUGGAGUUUCUAAUGAUGAUAUGGCAGUUAGCUUUUCUCUCAGGCGUCCAUCUCGAGCAGAGCGAGCUGUGGAUGACCCAAUUAGAGAAAUGGAAGGCAUGCUUGUCGAUGAGUAUGGAAGCAAUGCUACAUUUCAGCUGCCUGGCUUUUUAUCUUCUCAUGCAUUUGAUGAAGAUGAAGAUGAAGAUGAUUUACCAAUCAAUUUGUGUAAGGAUAUACAAGAUGCAUCUCCAGCAGAUCCCUUACUUACCCUUGGAGAAUCAGAAACUUCUACUGUUACCCCAAAUGACAAGCGUCAUUGUAUCUUGGAGGAUGUGGAUGGUGAGCUAGAAAUGGAAGAUGUUUCAGGUCACCCGAAGGAUGAAAGGCCUGUAUUUUUUAACAGUUCUGAUGACAUUGAUUUGCAACUUCAGGGCUCAGACAGGAAUUUUGAUCCAACUUCAAACAUUUCAGCAGAAAUGUCGGCUACUCCGGAGGGUUCUCCUCCAUUGCCACUCGAUUCACCUCCUCCACCCCCACCUUUGCCUUCUUCACCUCCACCACCUCCUCCUCCAUCUUCUCCAUCUCCUCCCCCACCCCCGCCACCCCCAAUAUUGCAACCUCGUCCUCCUCCUUUACCACCGGCAGCCGCUCCAGUGUCAUUGCUUUCUCAAUCAUCUGGACCAUCCCGGCCUUCGCUUCCCUCCCAGUCAUUAAUGCCGCCUCAGCCAUCGCAUCAGUCUUCUCCACAGUUGGGGUAUCAGCAGAAUGUACCUCAUGACUUUAGUUGCACAACUAGUUCCUCUAUACAGGGUAACCAAAUAGUUCAAAUGGCUGGAAAUUCUUUUCCUGGAGGUCACAAUAAUGCUGUUGUAAAGAAUGAAAUAUUUCCUCAGCCAUCUGCUUUUGCCCCAACAGCAGGCUGCAGCUCCCAGGAACCUUCUGGUUUUAACCCUUCAAGGCAAUUAGAAUACGGACAGAAUGAUAUAUAUCUAAAUGCUCAAGUUCCUCAACCUAACCAUCAAUUUCAGCCCGGUAACCCUUCAUUUGCUCAGAGACACGGGCAUCCUGCCCCACCCCAAAAUCCAUCAAAUCAGUACUCAUAUCCAAAUCCUACAGUUCAGCAACAUCUUCCACAUUCAUUCCAUCCCUCCUUCCCUUUACCGUCUCUUCCAGAUGGCCGGAGGCAAUUUGUUGCUGAUGAGCAAUGGAGAAUGUCAUCGAGUGAAUUUAAUACAAACAAUCAACAUGGUAUAUGGAGAGGGAGAAAUCCUUCAUGCCCUGGUCCACCCUUUGGGCAAGAAGGUCAUUUUCGGCCAUCACUGGAAAGACCCCCGGUAAGCAACUUAGGUUUUCAGCGAGUUCCAAGCAACCUACCUGCUGCUCCAGUAUCAGGACAUGGUGUUCCUCAGAUGUUGCCUUGUAGGCCUGACGUUCCUGCUGUUAAUUGUUGGAGACCCACUUGAAUUUGAUUGGAGUCUUCUUAGUAUUAAUGGUGUUGCUGGUGGAUCAACACGCUGAGGUUACACAUUGUGCUUCAAAGUUAGAUUCGCCUGUGUAGUACAUACAACUAACCUGUGAAGAAAAUUUUGAAAACUUGUGGAGGCUUUUGGAAGGAUUGUGUAUAUUGUAAUUUUUCCUGACAAUGUAUCCCAGGAACAUUUGCUUCCGAGUUUAGGCCCAUGUUUCUGACUUGGUUUUGGCAAAACAAAAGAAGAUGGUGAUCACUUUCUCAUGUUUUGAUUGUGAUAACUUAACAAGAAUAAGGUCAAAUUUCAUCAGAUACAGAGAAUGCCGAUCAUUGAGGUUAGUUUGUGGACAUAAUUUGGAAAACCUCAAGAAAAACUGGCAUCUACGACAGGAUGGUCUCGAGAUACUACAGAAAUAAGGGAAGUGUAAUACUUGGAUAAUGCGAGCCGGGUGAUCAAGUUUAUAUACUCUUCACGCUGUUGGGUUUGUUUUUUGGAUGAUGCUUGGCGGCGAACUUGUCUAUGCAUGUAGAUGUAGUUUUCUUCAUAGAAUGUUUGGGAGUUGGGGCUCCUCUUUAAAAGAACAAGAGUGGCAGAGCUUCCACUUCAACUUUUACGGUAAAAAUAUGUAUGCUUAAGUUAACUUUUGAAUAGUCCCACCAAAAAAGAAAGAAAAGAAAGUGAUUUUUGAAUGUGGGUAAAGUAAAUAUCUUUUUUUUUUUUUCAAUUUUA